GCAAUAGCUCAGUAACUUCCUAGAAAGCUGUAAACUAUGGUACAUUUCAAUAUGUUGUUCAAGAGGUACCAGUUGGCCCACUUCCUUAUCUGUGUCAGCAUAGCUGUUGUGGCAGUUGAAUUUGCUGAAGGAACAUGCACUAAAGGAGCCAUCAGAUAUGAUCCAGAAUACAGUAAUACAGUUGUACAGAUAUGUUUUAAUAAUAGAUGGGGAUACAUCUGUACAGACAAUAAUAAAGAAACCAGGCAAAGAAUAGCUAACAUAAUCUGCCAACAGAUGGGAUAUUCUAGACACUCUGAAUCUGAUACUGGCAUCACUCGGAUAAGAUUAAAUCCUGCUCCUAAACCUAGUUUUAUUGGAUGGAUUUAUUGUUCAGAUAAACCAAUUCCACAGCAGAGCAUUUUAGAUUGCUCGCAUCAAGUUUAUAGCUAUCGCUAUCGGCCCAAUCUGACAUGUCCUAACUACUAUAUUGCUGCCAGUAAUUGUAUCAAUACCUCAGUCUGUCAAAAUGGACAGAUACAAUUACUUGAUACUAAUGCUGUAUUGCUGUGUGUAAAUGGAGAGUGGUAUGCAUUAUGUAGUACAACAUGGUCCUCUACUCAAGCACAAGUUGUAUGUAGACAAUUAGGAAAGAAUACAAAAGGAGCUAUCACAGUCCCAGUGCCUGCCAAUUAUUCAGUAUUACCAGCUAAUUUUGAAUGUCAUGGGAAUGAAAAGUUUCUUUGUAACUGCACAGAUUCAGACAGCCAGUACACCUGUAGUAAUUCUUUUACUGAAACUGUAGCUGGUGUUAUGUGUCAAGAUUUGCCUGGUCCUCCUUCAAAUCUUACUGUCAAUAACCAACAGUCAGAUAUUAUAUUACAUUGGGAAUAUACUGAUGAUGCUAAUGGUGUGUCCAAUUUCAGUGUUUACUGUAAACAUAACAAGAUUGUUGAUCCUCAGCUGCACUUGAAUAUCAAAACUGAGCUAAGCUUGCUGACAAAGAACAACAGUGCAGCACUGAUUGGUUUAUUAGCCAAUACUGUGUACACAUGCUGUGUGUCUGCUGUAUUCCCUUAUAUGGAGACUGAAUCGACAUGCAUUAAUGUAACAAAAGGGUUUCAAGAAGCUGGCUCUAGCAAUUCUUCUACAUUAUCAUCUACUCCUGCUGCUACUGCUACUGUAGCAUCAUCAUCAUCAAAUGGAGCUAUCUCAUGGAUUGGUGGAAUAUUCAUUGGUAUCAUUAUCAGUGCAGUGUUUGUUAUUAUCUUACUAUUGAUUAUCAAAAUUGUCAUUACAAGAAGAAGUAAAGACAAACAAUUUAAGCCUAACAAAAGGUCAUCAUUACAAAGUGAUAAUGUAAAUGUCACAUCCACUGUUUACCAUCAGUCAAGAGGUCAGACUCAGAAUAUUGGGAUUUAUUCUGAUCUGUCGCAAAAUCAAUUUGAGCCGUUUUCCAAUGGGAGGGAUCCUGCAAUUCCUGAUGCUAAUGAUUAUGAGAGUCCUAUUGAUGUGAAUAUAAUGACUGUUAAUGGUGAUCCAGUUUAUUCUCUGGCUGAAACUGAGGAAGAAACUGAUAACUAUGACAAGUUACAAAGGAAUUAACUUCGUCAUGAAAAUAUUAAUAAUCAUUUUAUAUUCCAUCAACUAUUUUAUAAUUUUGUUGCUAUUAUAAUGCAUAGCUAAUACAAAUGGUAUAAAUUAA